AUGAGCUACCACGAUUCUCGCCGCAGACACCCCCAUCCCAUCCAAACCUUCCGGCCCGAAUCGGAGUACUCCUCGUCCGCCCCGGGCUCCGGCGCCCAAACACCGACAGGGUCGGGGGCCAGCAGCUCUCAACUACCAGGGCUCGUCUCCAGUAUUUGGGGAGGUCUGCUUCGGCGAUUCUCCGCCGAAACGCCGUCCCUCACCCACUCACAGUCAUACCCAGCAGACAGUUCACACUCACACUUCGACGACCACAACUAUAACAACAGUAACGGCAACAACAACGGCGUCGACGGAGUUUACGUUCCCCCUCGAUUCCAUGAAACUAUCCAGCGAACGGCGUCACCAAUGCAGCCGCCUCCACUGGAACCCGUGCAGCUCAAGGGGUUUGCACCAGACACACCCGCGUCGGCCAGGAUAUUAACACAGGCGAUCGCGGAAGAGAUACGGAUCAUGGUGCCUACGAGACUCAGCAUCGUGGAUGAGUGGAAUUUGGUCUACAGUCUGGACCAGGAUGGGGCAAGUCUGGGAACGCUUUACGAUAAGUGUGCAAAGUAUUCCGGACGACGAGUGGGAUUCGUGUUGGUUGUUAAAGAUGCAGAGGGUGGUAUCUUCGGCGCCUACCUCUCCGACUUCCCCCACCCAGCCCCGAAAUACUUCGGCACAGGUGAAUGUUUUCUCUGGCGCGCCUCCGUCAUGGCCUCCCUCCCGCCUCCUCCCUCCGCCGACACCACGAACCUGCGAGGCCGAACAUCCACCAUUUCGUCAGUCGGAACGGGCACGGACAGGGCCACGAACCACAACAGCGGCGACGAUCUUGCCUCAUACGAUCUAUUUGCUGACUUGACCGGUACCGUUGAUCAAACCACCAUCCGCUUCAAGGCGUUUCCCUACAGUGGCGUGAACGAGUACUACAUUUUGUGCGAGUCCCAUUUUUUGAGUGUGGGCGCUGGCGAUGGGAGGUUUGGGUUGUGGCUGGAUGAUGGGCUGGAGAAGGGGGUGAGCUCUACAAGUCAGACGUUUGGGAAUGAGCAGCUUAGCGAUCAGGGUGAGAAGUUUUCUGUUCUGGGGGUUGAGGUUUGGGUAAUUGGGUCUGGGGGGUUAUGAUGCCUCUUGGCUCGCUAGCGAGAAGAGGAGGCUGGGAUGACUUUUGAGACUGAUGUGCUAUCAUUUCUAACACGGCUUUGUGGCCAUUACUGAACUGGGUAUGGAUAUGGAAAUAUUGUGGCGUAAGGCGUUAUGUUGGGGUGGGUUUCGACUUGACCAAGUCAAAAGGAAAAGGAUGGGCAUACAUACCAGGUAUAGGCCUUGUGAUAGGGUCUGCAUUUUUAGCCAGUAUUUGUAUUAUAAUACCCUUCACCUACUCGCGGAAUGGAACUCUUGCUUACCUUC